AUCGCUGUCUAUUAAGCGUCUCUCAUCUCUAUCUCUCUUUCAGCCGGUUUAGAUUCCAAAAUCUCGUCCUUGAUCUCUCUUCGAUGAUUAUCGGUCAGCGUUUCUCUCGGUGGUUGUCGUACGACCUCGGCGUUCAAGGAGAAGGGAGUCCUCAACGUCAGCGAGUUCGUGCUCGCCGGCGAUGAUCUCGUCUCCAAGUGCCCUACAUGUUCAUGUACCUUGUCUACGGAAAGCUGCAUCUGUGGCAGAGGAAUAUGAAGCUGCUGGAGGAGAAGUGUUGGUUGAUGAUGAAGAUGAUGAUGGUUGGCUGGCUACACAUGGGAAACCGAAAGAUAAAGUCAACGAAGAUGAGAACUAGCCGUCCAGUGCCUUGGAUAUAAACGAGAAAAGCGGUAUACGAUCAAUACCAACGUAUUUUGGAGCUGAGGAAGAGGAUGAUGAUAUUCCAGAUAUGGAAGAGUUUGAUGAGGCUGACAAUGUGGUGGAAAAUGAUACGGCAACUCUUCAGUCAACUUAUCUUGUGGCUCAUGAACCUGAUGAUGAUAACAUUCUCCGAACUCGUACAGAUGAUAACACUCAACGUAAGCAUCAUGUCUUAACAUACCCAACGAAUUUCCCACUGCUUUGUUAUCUUGAUUCUCUCAUUCUUUUGGCUUAAUAGCAAACUCAUAACACUUCACUUCACUUAGCAAAAUCAUAACACUUCAACAUUUUUAA